UUCAACAUAUAAAGAUAUGGUGAAAUGAAGUACGUCUAAAUCGGAUUGUGCGAACACAUCAGCUUAGCUCGUGUAUUACGGUUCUGUAUCGCUAAAGUGGUGCGGUGUUUGCAGCUGGUGUAAAUCUGUUUUACAGAUGGAUCGUUCACCGACCAAAGCUAAUAAAGCUAAAUCCAUAGGUAGUAUUCAGCUAACCCCUAGUGAAAUUGCGAUAAACAUGGAUUCGUCCAGUCGCAAGCAGGUGCGAAAGAAGCGCGAAGAUCUUCAGAAACAAUUGCAAGAUGAGCUGAAAGAGAUCGUGAAGCAGGACCCGGCAAAAGAGGAAAAUGUGACGAAACUGCACCAGUUUUUAAAGGAUAAUCGGUGGAUGGAUUUAGAAAAACUCGUGAAGGAGACUCGAACUUUUGAUUCGCCUAACGAUUUUACGGCGCCAGACAUAAUGAUCGUUAGCUACAAUCAGGUCAAAGCGGUGGAACAUCUGUUUGAUCAUAGCACAUAUACAGAAGAGAAAUUAAUAUACAUCAAGCUCAUCAUAGAGCAUUUCAAAAUUGAAAACCAGCUGUUCGGGAAGCGACGGUACGCUCCAAUCCAUUACGCCGUGGAGACGCUUGACGUAAACUUUCUGCUUUGGUUACUCAAGCGUGACGGACAUGACCCUAUCGACGUUAACUUGCGGAACAAGAAUAAGAAGACGGCGCUGUACAUGUUGUGCGAAGAGUACGACAAGUGCAAGUCGGCGAGUGCGAAUGUACCGGAGCAAGAAAGAAGGAAAGAAAAGUGUGAGAAAAUACUCAAACUAAUCGAACAGCUGUUGCAUGUCGGUGCUGACUUUAACAUAUACAGUAAUUCCAACCAGCUGCCUUUCGAUCUGUUGCUGAAAUACUACAACGAUGAUGCUGCUAUAAAGCGAUUAGUGGAUCACCACCACUCACAAUCGAUAUCAGCUAUUGCAUACAGAGUAGGUCAGGAGAAUGAUUCGCAAGAACGUCUUAUCAAAUUCUAUCGAAAGGAUCAAGGGAACAGACAAGUUCACGUUACAGCGGAACUGCUAGAGUUGUUUCUGCGGUUCGGUGAUUUAGACAGCUUCAAUGAACAUUGGGAGUCAUUUUCUGUCAGUGAAGGUGAGGUAAAGAAGGUAAUCGAGCUGGUACUUCAGGUAGCUGUAGAGCUAAAAUUAAACGAUAUCGUUCACCAGAUUGUUAAGAGUGCACAAUCGUUGAUAUUUGAAAAUAGCGUAGAGAAACCUGAGCUAAAAAAGCAUCGUCUCGAGCUAAAGGAUUUACUGCUGAGCGCAGCUCUGGCUGGAAAUCUUGACAUCAUUAAGCUGCUAAUACCGCUGAUGAAGGACGAUGAGGAACUGGUAAACUACGAUCCUUUACUGGCGCAAACGCUAGAGAAGAGCCAUGCAAACAGGCAAAAACAGAAUGAACACCAAGCACUGCUGAAGUGUGCUAUGUAUCUAAUAGAUAGCAAUUUUGUGUCCCUACACAAAACUACCAAGACCAAAAAUACGCCGCUGCAUCUGGCGGUCAAGUUUGGGUAUGAAAGCUUCGUGGUCAAGCUCCUCGAACGUGGCUGCGGAUCGCUUGGUGUGUGUAAUCAGGCAAAUCUGACUCCGUUGGAGUGUGGAACGUAUAAUUUCUGGAAAGCAUGCUUCGACAAGUUCAUCAAGGCGGACGGUUCCAAACAGGAUUGGAAAUCGAUAGACUUCGAUACGACCUGUUUCACGCCUCCUUCUGCGGAGAGCAAUGCCACAGUAACGCACAGGAGUUGGAACCGAUGGAAGCUUAUUCGAAAAGCUACUGAUGUGGGUGUGCGUGCUCAGGAGCGGGUUGUCGUCACCGAGAUGACUCCCCUGCGUAGGAUGGCAGAGUCCAAAGAGUUGAAGCGCUUGCUUACGCACCCCGUUGUCUAUUCCUUUGUCAUGGUUAAGUGGGUUCGACUGAGUCUAAUCCAUUUGCUAAACCUGCUCCUCGCGAUGGUAACAAUUGGCAGUUUCGGCAUGUACUCGCUGAGCACCUGCAAAGUUGUUAAUCUUCAGAGUAAUAUUUUCGUGCUGGUUCUGAUUGUUUUAGUAUGCUUGUUGACGCUACUUCGCGAAGGAAUGCAACUGUAUCUGCUACCUCGAUCAUAUGCUACGCUCGAGAACUUGGUUGACAUCGUUAGCAUCGUCGUUAUCAUUAUUAAUGUUGCAUCGCUCAGUUGUGAACCAAUCUUGUCAUCGUUUGUGUUGCUAAUCUUUUCUUUGCAGAUGGUGUUUAUGUUGAGUGCGCUACCAUUUAAACGGCUUUCUACAAUAAUGUACAUGUUUAAGACGGUAGCGAUAAACUUCAUCCAAAGCCUGUUGCUCUUCCUUCCACUGAUUGGUACUUUCGUGUUCGCGUUCUAUCUUACGUAUAAUGGCGAAAAAGUAUACGUUCCGAUUACUGAGUCGAAUCAAACGUAUGAGGCCAACGAAACCGCAACAGACGGUGACUUUCACAAAUUUGGCACGAUAAUGAACUCAGUGGUUAAAACAGUGGUUAUGACAACUGGAGAAUUCGACGCGGCAAGCCUGGACCUGAGUGGUGGUAAGGUUUUUCUGUUUUGCGUUUUUCUUUUCACUGCCCCGCUGGUUAUUCUUAACUUGAUGAACGGUUUGGCAGUAAGUGACAUUUCGACAAUCCAGGAGAAGUCCGAGUUGAUCAGCAUAAUGAGGGUACAGAUACUGUUGUAG